UGGAUUGUCCACCUCGGAACAACACCACCCCCUCCUCUUCUGCAUAUCUGCUCCCUCACCCCCCCUUCUGAGAUCGCAUUCCACGUCGUGAGUUUAUCGCUGCCCUGACUGAGUUUUGUCGAACCCUUUCCGCUUACAGACAUGGCCAACACGGUUGCAAUGGCAGGACUCUGCGGUACAUCGCAGGCACUAACUCAAGGCGGUCUCGUGAGCUGUAACAAUGUGAUAAACGGGAGCAGCAGAGUGAACUCCGUGUGCGUGUCCAAGCCCGCUGUGGUGGUCGCCCGGGCGGAGCAGAGUGAUGCUGCUGCCUCGGUACAGAGCCGUAGGUCCGUCCUUAGCCUCUUGGCUGCCACCAUUGUUGGAACUGCCGUCGUGAACGAAGCGCGCGCCGAUGCUCGCUCUGUCAAGCUCGAGCCUCCUCCCCCUCUAUCGGGCGGACUCCCCGGUACUGAGAACGCUGAUCAGGCGAGGGACACCGACUUGCCUUUGAGGGAAAGGUUCUUCAUUCAGCCUUUGUCCCCCGCAGAUGCUGCUCAAAGAGCGAAAUUCUCUGCCCAGGACAUCAUCAACGUGAAGUCGCUGAUCGACAAGAAGGCAUGGCCAUACGUCCAGAACGGUCUGCGCUCAUCAGCUGGUUACCUACGAUACGACUUGAACACAGUUAUCACCUCGAAGUCAAAGGAAGAUAGGAAAUCUCUCAAGGCAUUGUCUCUCAAGCUCUUUGAGUCCCUCAAUGCUCUUGACUACGCAGCAAGAUCGAAGAGUACGAAGGACGCAGAGAAGUACUACUCGCAGACAGUCACCUUGUUGAACGACGUUCUGUCGAAGAUUGCGUAAGAUUGUAUAAUAUACGUGUACACCUAGUCCCUGCCCCAUCGGAUCAACAGCUUGACCGUGUAAUCCUCUGAAACUUCCACUUAAACAUUUGAUCCAAUUAUGCACUCA